UACCUCUGAUAAAAGAAGUACAAAAAUGGUGUUUUAUUACAUUGGUGCUAAAUUGGUGAAUGUAAAAAUGAAGAGCUUUAGUAAUAAUUAAAGAAAAGAUGAGGGUCUUUCUUGCAAAUUUAAAUUUUAAAAUAUCCGAUCGUCUUUCUUCCUCGGGGAAGCGCUAUACCUUGCGACUUCCGGCAAAGCUGACAUUUUGAAGAAAAAGACAUUUUUGACAAAUUAAAAAAAAAGGAAGCUUUCUUUCCAAUGGCGGAAGCUGAGAAGAAGCGAGAUCAAACAUUUCCUCAGGAGAAGGACGAGGAGAAAGAUCUCGACCUUGGCCACUGCGACGAGCACGAGUCUCCUCUUCCUCUCACCGUCACUUCUCGUGUACUGUACAUGUUAGGAGACAUAGCAGCUGGUCCAGCUUAUAGGUUUACCCAAUGGUUGGACUUAGUUCGUAAACGCAGUGCUACUUACGGUUCCUCUGGCUUCCCUCACCGUCUUCACCGCAUCGAUGAUAUGGUUCCAAGUGCAGGAGAGAGGAAUGCUGAUCCAAAAAGUCCACCAAGCAAGGAGACUUCAGAGAUUAGUUUGUGGGAAAGGCUUGGCAAAGCUUCUAUUGUUGAUAUCGACUCCAGCUCUUUCUCCUGGAGCAUGUUGUCUUCGCUUCACCAUACUGAACAUAGUAGUAGCACUGAUCAUUCUGAAGAGGACCAGAGUAAACCUCUCGAGGUUACUGUGAACUCUGGGGGAGUUGUUUUCUUCGCCCUGUUCAGUCAUCCCAGCGCUGAAGAUGCUUCUCGGAAGGAAGAAGCAGCAGCAGUUAUUAAAUUUGCGUCAUCGAGGAUGGCCACGCAAUCAGAACGUCUGGGUUAUGAGUUUGCCAAGUGGCUAGGUGUGCAGAUUCCGCAGGCUAGAGUAAUUCAUAGCUGUAAUCCUGAGUGGACACUGAUCAGAGAAGCAACUGAGAAGGCACAAGCUAAAGCGAAUUCGGAGGGAGACGAGGUUGGUGAGGUGACUUGUUCAGAACUUCUGGAAGCCCUUGAGCUCAGUCGCUGUCUUCUCCUUAUGAGCUAUGUUCAUGGAUGUCCACUACUAGAGAGCAUGAGCAGUUUCGAAACCGAAGAAAAAGCAGAGAGAGCUGCUUCAGCGUUAGGGAGAAUCUUGGUGUUAGAUCUUGUGAUAAGAAACGAAGACAGACUACCCUGCCGUCAGCUGAGAUGGCGUGGCAACCCUGCAAACCUCUUACUAACCGACAGAAUCAUGUCAUCAACCAAACCUCUAGAGUGCUCAUUCGAAGAAGCCUUUGAUUCCGCCAUCAAACGGUACCAUCCAAGAGACUACAGAUCAAUCCAAAAGGAGAGAAGAGCUUCCUCUGUUGAUAGCAGAUCAAGACUGAGUGUUAGCGAUCACCGUUUGGUCUCGCAGUCCUCUGACUUUUCCGAUAUAACUGAAUCUCCAAGAUCUUAUGACACUGAGUUCAUGAGUCCAAUGUCUGAUACCUCCAUGGCUCCUGAGUUCCACAUUGUUACUAUAGACUCCGGCGUUCCACGGCGUCCUCCUGCUGGCAAACGAGCAAGCGACCAAGAGAUCUAUCCGAGGCUAGUAGAGCUGCUUAUCAAUAGCAGCCAGUACUCUUCGAAUCUGUUGUACGAAAUAACAGAAGGAGGUUUAGGCUGUCCACAGGCGAAAGAUGGUGAAGAAACACCUACUGCAGUGACGCCAGUAGUGCGCGAGUUUCGGAACGGUUUUCGCGCUGGUCUCAGGGACUUGCACGAGUUCCACAUCUUCCUCGUCACCCUUCAUCAGAAGCUAGAUGGGUUGCUGCGUGCUUUUUUCAGUAUGAUGGACAAAACAAUGUGCGCAGAUUUUGAUAGAGAUGACUUUGCUGUUCCUGAGUCGCCAUCGCAAAGUUUUGGACAUGAGGUGAAUCAUCAUUACCCAUCUCCUUCGAAAGAACGGGUGCCUAGUGAUAACAGCUUUGACCAUAGUGAGUCGGAUAUGCACAGAUCAGUAGCUCCUAGGACUCCAGGUUCUGAAAACAAGGAAGGGGGAGGAGAUGCUACUUCGCCUAAGUCACGAGAAAGCUGGCAUGGAAGAUACAGUAGAGGUGGAGAAUCUCUUAGCAGUCAGCGUUUGGCAGCAAAGCUCCGUGACUUCCAUAAAUUUGCAAAGAUUGAUGCGGAGUCUAAUAAAGAACUAGACCAGUGGAAUGAAACAUUGCGGAAUGAAGUAAUGAAACUCUGCCAAGAGAACGGUUUCAACACUGGUUUCUUUGAGGGGAGUGAUAAUAACAGUUGCACUGAUGCUUACGAGCUUAAGGUUAGACUUGAGCACAUUCUUGAGAGAAUAUCAUUGAUUACCAAAGCUGCUAAUACAGAGAAACCAUCAAUGAUACAAGAUAAUCUUUUCAUCGGUGGAGGAUUGGCUGCAAGGUCUGUAUACACUCUUCAGCAUUUGGGUAUAACUCAUAUUCUAUGCUUGUGUGCAAAUGAAAUAGGACAAUCAGAUACUCAGUACCCGGAUCUCUUCAAGUACAAAAAUUUCUCAAUAACUGACGAUGAAGACUCAAAGAUAGAAGGCAUCUUUCAAGAAGCUCUUGAUUUUAUCAACCAUGGUGAAGAAACAGGAGGAAAGAUUUUAGUUCAUUGCUUUGAGGGUCGGAGUAGAAGCGCAACCGUGGUGCUUGCUUACCUAAUGCUUAGAAAGAACCUGACGCUUUUAGAAGCGUGGAGCAAACUAAGAAAAGUUCAUAGACGAGCUCAACCGAACGACGGGUUUGCGAGGAUCUUAGUGAACAUUGACAAGAAAUGUCACGGGAAGGUGUCGAUGGAGUGGAGACAGAGGAAACCGACGAUGAAAGUGUGUCCGGUCUGUGGUAAGAACGCGGGUUUAAGCAGUAGUUCAUUGAAACUGCAUCUCCAGAAAUCUCACAAGAAACUGUCUUCGGGAAGUGUGGACAGUGCGAUGAACAUGGAGAUACAAAAGGCUUUGGAGGCACUUCAGCUCAGCAGUGGUCGUGGCUCAAAUGUUAGCUCCAGUUCUUUUCAGUCUCUUACUGGUUAAGAGAGUUCGGUUUAGUAUCUAUAAGCGGUUUGUCCCGGUUAAUGUCUCUAAUCCGAACAUCUUUCAGUUUUCCGUUUCCUGUAAUGAUCUUUUUCGUUUGGCAUACAACUAAAUAAAACCUGUUUGAUUAGGACAGAAUCUUUCUGUAUGUAAACAUUCGAACUUUGUUUAUUUCUAACAUUUGGAUUAUAACCAAAAAGCUUUUUUAUAUAAA